GUUGUUUAAAUCUAAAAAAAAAUAGAAUAAAAAAGCUUGUGUUAGAUACUAAAACAAAACUAACAGUAGUAGUUGUAGAUCUAUAAAAUAUAGAUCUAGACCCAGCCUGGAUCUAGAUUUAUUUUGUGAUAAAUCCUGGUUCACUUUUAUAAUAAUAUUUUCAACAAAAUGUUUUAUUUUAGAGUCCUACUACUAUGACUAUCAUUCUGUGGUAGGCCCUAAUUACUAGAUCUAAUAUCUCUUAAUAUAGAUUAGAUCUAGUUCAGGCUGUAUGUUUCUCAUAGAUCUUACUAGAUUCUAUCUAGAUCUAGAUGGAGCGGUACACCAUUGUGAAGAGGUUGGGAGUGGGAGCACAUGGGGCUGUCUAUCUUGUCAAACACACAGAAACUAACAGGUUACUUGCUAUGAAAAAAAUUGAAGUUGAUGAGCGCAAGAAAACAAGAACUAAAGAAGCUGUAUUAAAAGAAGCCAGCAUCUUGUCCCAGUUGCGACACCCACACAUCAUUUUAUUUCAUGAGUCAUUCCUGGACCCUACCUUAGACAAUGUCUGCAUCAUUUUGGAUUACUGUGAUGGGGGAAACAUGUCUGAACUCAUCCAACAGGCUGCGCAGACUUGCCGUGUGUUUACUGAAAGACAGAUCAUGCAGUGGUUUAUCCAGAUUGUUAUGGCCGUACAGUAUAUCCACUCUAAGCAUAUAUUGCAUAGAGACCUGAAGGCUGAGAAUGUUUUUUUAAACAAAAGAAAUAUGAUCAAGUUAGGAGAUUUUGGCAUCUCCAAAAUUCUAGAGAACACAAUUGAUGUGGCUAAAACUGUAGUUGGUACUCCCUCCUACCUCAGCCCAGAGUUAUGUCAGGACAUCCCGUACAACUCAAAGUCAGAUAUAUGGGCUGUUGGCUGUCUGCUGUAUGAGAUGUGUGUCCUGCAUCCACCUUUUGAUGGGAAAAGUUUAAUUAGUUUGUUCAUCAACAUCAUUAAGGCAGGUUAUAAGCCCUUCCCAUCAGAUGCUCCUACUGGUAUACAGGAACUUGUCCGACAAAUUCUUCAGAAAAAUCCAGAGGAUAGACCCAGUGCCAGCGCCAUCUUGAACAUGCCCUACGUCAAACAGCACUUGACAUUUUUUAUAGCUGACACAGAGAGCAUUCGGACAUGUCGGCCACGCAGGGAUAUAACAUCAGCAGGAGAUUUCUCACCUGCACACUCCAGUUUAUUUGUGGAGGCUUCAAGUCAUCCAUCUUCUCCUUGGGUCAAGGCUCCAGAUGUCCAGUACACUACACAAGAUCUCACUGUGACAGAUGCUGGAUCCGACUACUCUGACGACUUUGAUGAGUCAACAAGUGAAGCUGGAGAAGAAAUCUCUGCGAGUCCUGGAGAUGGAGGGGACACUAACUGUGAGGAAGAGCUGCUCUACGCUGAUGACUUUGAACAAACGGACUCUGAAGAGGAUGUAGACGAGGUUUUGUCGCAGGCUUUGGCAGCUCAGGUUGUGGAGGCUGCAGAUGAUGACUUUGCAGAUGAUGAGUUUUCCUUGACCUUGACUCACCACUUUAGAAGCUACAUGGAAGAGGCCAGAGUUCAGACUGAUGGAUAAGCUGGGGGGGGAUGGAUAAG